AUGUCUGUGGUGAAGUCGAUUGAAUUAGUCCUGCCCAAGGAUGCCAUCUACCUGGCCGGCUCCAGCCUAAAAGGGCAGGUGAUUUUAAUCCUCAACAGCACCCUGGUAGACCCCAUAGUGAAGGUGGAGCUCGUGGGAAGAGGUUACGUGGAGUGGAAUGAAGAAACUGGGGCGUCCCGCGAUUAUAGCAGAGAUGUGAUCUGCAACAACAAGGCAGACUACAUGCAUAAGACAAAGACAUUUCCAGUAGAGGGUAAGGUCAAGGCCGGCAGCCAUCCCUAUGGUACUAGACAACCAAGACAAACUGAUUGGCUGAUCACAUCAGAUCACCUCAUGGGGAAUGAUUUCAUCAUCACAUGGAACCCUCUGUUGGUCGAGGCUAAGAAGAGGGUGUCUUAUAACUGCUGCAGCCAUGGCACCGUCCACCUGCAAAUCUAUAUGGAGAAGAACAUCUUUACGCCAGGAGACAGAGUCAUUUUCACAACCGAGAUCAACAACCAGACCAGCAAGUGCAUCAAGACAGUCCUCUUCGCCCUUUACGCCCAUGUGCAAUACGAGGGCUUCACGCCCAAGACUGAGCAGCGGACGUGCAGAGACUGCAGUGAGCUGCUACGGCAGGAGGCCCACACCCACAUCACACCCUUCAAUACCACCAAGGUCGUCAAUACCUUCCACCUGCCCCUGGUCCUGUCGGUAAGCAGUAGCAGCCGCCAGCAAGACAGCGAGAUCAUGAGAACACAGUACGAGCUGGUCAUCACUGUCCACCUGCCCUGGUCCCUGACCACUGUCAAAGCCAAGGUUCCCAUCAUCAUCACCAGUCACCCUGUUGAGAGGCACAGGCUUUUCACGGGCUGGUUUUCAGAAACUCAGUGGGCCACGGCAGCGAGCGUUGGAGACACUUCCUGUGCGGUGGCUGGCGGCACCUACCGCGCCAGGUGGGCCAACGGGAGAAUGCAGCUGGGGCCACCCCACUUCCUGCCCUUGUAG